AAUUUGUUUGAUCUUAACUAGUUCAUUGUCACUUCACUGAAAAGCUUUACCGGAACGCUCACGUGAUGUGAAACUGUGCCUUUGGACGCCAUCUUGGCUCAGCGCUCGUAAUUACGAGUAGAUAGCGUCAUUCUUCCUGUUAGAUCCGUAAUGACAUCAGUUUCCUGCAUGAGCUUACAGUUGUUCCCUGGUUACUUCAGGAGUCAUGAACGCCGCUUCGCUGGUCCAGAGGGUAGCAGGGAUUUCUGGAGCUCUUGCUAUCGCAGCAGGUGCAUAUGGAGCUCACGGAUUCAGACACAGUGAAGCGAGUGAUUACCAGAGAGAGUUGUAUGAUACAGCAAACAAGUAUCACAUCUACCACAGUCUGGCAUUGUUAGGAGCUGCUCGCUGUAGAAAACCUGCUCUGUGUGAAUGUUAUCAGAAUAAGUCACUUUACUGCUAUUCAUAAGUCCUCAUGGGAUAGUAAAGUGUCCAUCGGGAUGUGCACUUCAGAAUCUCACCAGAACUAGUAAGUCAUCAGGGUAUUUUUCGCCUACUCUUGUGCCUGCUAUACUGUUUUUCAGUCAUUCAACUCUUUUCAUAAACAGUUAGUUGCCUACUAUAUGGUGAAGUAUGCGGUUUUAUAUGCAGCCCAUGUUAACCUGCCACUCUUUGAAUUGUGGACUGAACGUCAGUGACAUAAUCAAAUGUCACUGAUUUAUGAGUUUCUACUGAUUGAACAUCACUGAUAUCAAACCUGACACCUGGCACUCUAUUUGAUUUGUUACCAUUGUCUGCAUGUAUUAUCAAUCUACACUGUUUAAACGAUAUUAAUUUCAUGUUUAAAUUCACAUAAUAAACACCUUUUGAUCAUCGUCAGGCUGAAAGCAAAUGAAUAGAGUAGUAGAAGAAUGAUACUCAUUAUGCUGUACUUUGCUUGAUGACCUCCACGGAACAAAGUGUCUGUUGGUUUGAAAUGAAUUGAAUAAAGAACCAAA